AUGGGCAACGACAAGAAGAUCGGCGCCUACUAUGCGCCUACCGGUGGCCUGCCACCCCAAACACAGCUCCUCACCGACCGCGCCAUGUUCACCGAGGCCUACGCCGUCAUUCCCAAGGGCACAUUCAGCGACAUCGUGACGAGCUUCCUGCCAUUCUGGGAACAGACACGCCUAUGGGUGAUCGCCCGCCCGCUCUCCGGCUUCGCUGAGACCUUCUCGCAAUACAUCAUGGAGGUGCAACCGGGCGGUGGCAGUGACCGCGCCGAGCUCGACGACGCUGCCGAGGGUGUUGUGUUCGUGGUCGAGGGCGAAGUGACCAUCACGCUGGCCGGAGAAUCCCACACACUGGCCGAGGGCGGCUACGCUUAUCUCCCGCCCAAGAGCGGCUGGACCCUCCGCAACGCCGGCGCCUCGACUGCCCGUUUCCACUGGGUUCGCAAGGCGUACGAAUACGUCGAGGGUCUUGACAAGCCCGACCCGCUUUUCCUUAACGAGAAGGAUAUCAAGCCCACCGAGAUGCCCGGCACUAACGGUGCGUGGGCUACCACCCGCUUCGUGGACCCCUCCGAUCUGCGCCACGAUAUGCACUGCACCAUUGUUACCUUCGAGCCUGGCGGUGUUAUCCCCUUCGCCGAGACCCAUGUCAUGGAGCACGGUCUCUAUGUGCUGGAGGGUAAGGCCGUGUACCGCCUCAACCAGGAUUGGGUCGAGGUCGAGGCCGGUGAUUUCAUGUGGCUGCGUGCCUUCUGCCCGCAGGCUUGCUAUGCUGGUGGCCCGGGCAAGUUCCGCUACCUGCUUUACAAGGAUGUCAACCGCCACAUGAAGCUCGCUCCUCCCUCCCGACUUUAA